GUUACUCUCGACUACUGCACCCUCGCCCCUGCUGCUGGAAACGGCUCGAUCGGUUACUACAAGUACCAGAAUGUUCGUUUCGCCGCGGUUCCUACUGGUGACCUUCGUUUCGCGAAGCCGCAAUGGCCUCCCGUUGAGAAGGCCAUCAACAAUGGCAGUCUUGCCGAAUCUGACGUAGACUGUGCAUCCACGGAAGACUGUCUCUACAUGGACGUCUGGGCUCCAGCUAAUGCUCAAGGCCGCAACCUGCCUGUGAUGCUCUGGACCUAUGGCGGUGGUUUCACUGCAGGAUCAAAGUCUCAGAAUACGCCUGAGGGUCUAUUCGAUCUCUCUAAAGAUUUCAUCUUUGUUGCUCCCAACUACCGUCUUGGAUUCACUGGCCUGGCGAAUGGCCCCUCCCUGGCCCACCAGGGUGGCACUCCCAAUACUGCCUUGUGGGACGUUGAGCACGCUUUCAAGUGGGUGCACAAGUACAUCAGCGCCUUUGGUGGAAAUCCCGAUGAAAUCACCGCUGUCGGUUUCUCGGCCGGUGGCUCCAUGCCCCUGUUCCAGAUGACCCGCUUCGCCGGCCAUGCCGAGCAGCUCUUUAGACGUGCCUACAUCAUGUCACCGGGCUUCGUCCCCGGCGCUGGUCACGAGCACGGAGAAGCGUUCUACCAGAACGUCUCCAAGGCCGUCGGUUGCACAGGCGGCGACCUGGACUGUCUGCGCAACGUUGCCUUCACCAACCUGACCGAUGCCGCCAACGAUGUCUACGAAGCCUAUGACUACCAGUUCCAGCCUCGCGUGGACGGCGACUUUGUGGCGGACACCUACGAGGCCCAGCUGUACCAGAAGCACUUCAACUUCAGCGGUCCCCUGGUCAUCUCCCACGAGCAGCAUGAAGCCAACACGGGAACCGACGAGGGC